AUGUAUUAUAUCUCGGAAUAUCCAAAGGACAAGACUUUCAUCAAAGUCCUAGGGCUCCUCGGUUUGACUCGCAUUCAGGUGGCUCUCUUAUGGUACAUUUUCCCUUUCCACGCUUCCAUCGUAUGGCACUACACAAUCAGGGUCCGAUGCGACCUUAUCGAAUCUGCAAGAUUGUUCAAUACCGCAUCGGUCCGUCACCAAACGCUCAAUGCGAUAACCGAAAAAGUACUCCGGGGAAAACUCGUCUAUCAGUGGUCCUUGACGAUCCUAUUAAAUGAAAUUGGCUAUACAGGGUUCUCUUUCGUUGACCUCGUGCGCCUCCAACAUCCCAUCUUUCCCGCCAUCUUUGGUGCGGUCAAAGUCACGGGCAUUUUGCAAGCACUGACAGCCAGCUUGGCAGACAUUUGCGCAAGCAUAGCAUUGAACUUGAUCCUGAGUCAGAACAAGUCGGAUCUAAACUUUAAAACAACGAAUCGUAUGAUUCAGAAGCUGUCAGUUUAUGUGGUUAAUCGAGGGAUCUUAACAACAUUGAAUGCUCGCCAUUAUGUUGGCAUGGACGGACGGAAGUAUCUCUCGAAUGGUCUCACAACGAUGGACCUCCCCGAUGUCGACAUCCCAUUGUCAAAUGACCUACCUCUGGUCCGGCGUACCAAGCCCAUUAUUACCGUGCAUCGAGCUGCUCAUCAAGGAUGCACCGUUCAAGAUGAGAAAGGGGAUGCUGAAUGUCAGAACUGCAGCCUCAAGGAACCUGGAGCUGCUAGGCUGGAAGCAGCUCCCACUAGUGCAAACCUGACUGAUAAAGGCGAUUGCAAAGAGUCGGAUGAUAUAUCAGAAAUCCCGGCAGACUCAUAA